GGAUGGCGUGGCUCCCAGCGCCGCCAGAUCGCAGGAGCCUGACGCCGGGGCGCUGCGCUGAGGCUCCCGCUCGGCGCAGCCCGGGAAGCCUGCAGGUGUCCUUGGCCGCUCGGCCGCCGCCCGGGAGACUCCUUCGCCAGUGCCCAGAGCCCCGCUCCCCGGAGCCCGGCUCCCCUGAGCGGCCCCGCCUCCCAGGCUCGGCGCCGCGCAGGACGCCCCGUCUGAGGCCCCCCCGCCCCAGCACGGCCCCCGCAGCUCCCAGCCCAGCGCCGCUCCCAGCCGCCGCCGAGCCGCGGACGCAGGACCGGAGGCUCGCUCCUGCGGCGCGCUUGUUUUCCUGCUGCCGCCUCGCCCUGCGCAGCCCCCGCCCGCCCGAACGCCGCGCUCCGCUCAGCCCCGCCCGCCAUCCGUGCCCUGCGCUGGAUUUAUGAAUGGGGGGAAGAGGCCACAUGCCGCCGCCGCCGCCUCGAGUUGACCGCACGCAGCCCGGGCCCGCGGAGCUCCGGCUGCCGUGAGAGCGUCGGCCCGGCCCAGGCAGCCGCUCCGAGGACUUGUUGCUGCUGCGCUGCCGCUGCCGCGGGGAAGCCGGCGGCUCGGCGCGGUCUGGGAGCCGGAGGGUGGCCGGAGUGAGUGUGAGCACGCGCGCGCCCGGACCCUCGCAGUGCGCCUGCACUUGUGCUUCCUUGUCUUUUGAGGGGUAAAAAGGGGGGCGUGUCCCGGGCCGCGAGCGUCUGAGAGUCCUGCCCUCGCUGGGGAGCGUGUGUGUGUUUGCCCCAGCCUCCCCGGGCCCCUCGCUUGGGUCCUCGGCUGACCUUUUCCCAUCCUGCCUCCCUCCCCGGCCCUGCCUACCCAAACCCCAACCACCUGUGCACCCGAGAAACCCAACUCCUCCCGCUCCGCGCCCCGGGGGGGAGGCAGGGGCAGGGCUGCACCGCAGAGGGGGCCGCCGCCGCCUCCUGCCUCCUCCUCGUCUCCUCCCCCUCCCUCGUCUGACGCUGCCUCCUCGGGAAGGGUGUUUGGAGGGCAGCGGCCGCCCCAAGCCGAAGCCCCGCAGCGCUUCUUAUGAUCAGCUCGGUGUGUGUCUCCUCCUACCGCGGGCGCAAGUCGGGGAAUAAGCCUCCGUCCAAAACAUGUCUGAAGGAGGAGAUGGCCAAGGGCGAGGCGUCGGAGAAGAUCAUCAUCAACGUGGGCGGCACGCGACAUGAGACCUACCGCAGCACCCUGCGCACCCUACCGGGCACCCGCCUCGCUUGGCUGGCCGAUCCCGACGGCAGGGGCCGGCCCGAGUCCGAUGGCGGUGGUGCGGGCAGCAGCGGCAGCAGCGGCGGCGGGGGCUGCGAGUUCUUCUUCGACCGGCACCCGGGCGUCUUCGCUUACGUGCUCAACUACUACCGCACCGGCAAGCUGCACUGCCCCGCCGACGUGUGCGGGCCGCUCUUCGAGGAGGAGCUCACCUUCUGGGGCAUCGACGAGACCGACGUGGAGCCCUGCUGCUGGAUGACCUACCGGCAGCACCGCGACGCCGAGGAGGCGCUCGACAUCUUCGAGAGCCCGGACGGAGGCGGCGGAGGCGCGGGGCCUCGCGACGAGGCCGGCGACGAUGAGCGGGAGCUGGCCCUGCAGCGCCUGGGGCCCCACGAGGGAGGCGCAGGCCCCGGCGCCGGGUCCGGGUCCUGCCGCGGCUGGCAACCCCGCAUGUGGGCGCUCUUCGAGGACCCUUACUCCUCCCGGGCGGCCAGGGUGGUGGCCUUUGCCUCUCUCUUCUUCAUCCUGGUCUCCAUCACCACCUUCUGCCUGGAGACCCACGAGGCCUUCAACAUCGACCGCAACGUGACGGAGAUCCACCGUGUGGGGAAUACCACCAGCGUGCGCUUCCGGCGGGAGGUGGAGACGGAGCCCAUCCUGACCUACAUCGAGGGCGUGUGUGUGCUGUGGUUCACGCUGGAGUUCCUGGUGCGCAUCGUGUGCUGCCCUGACACGCUGGACUUCGUCAAGAACCUGCUCAACAUCAUCGACUUCGUGGCCAUCCUGCCCUUCUACCUGGAGGUGGGGCUGAGCGGCCUGUCGUCCAAGGCGGCCCGUGACGUGCUGGGCUUCCUGCGCGUGGUGCGCUUCGUGCGCAUCCUGCGCAUCUUUAAGCUCACGCGCCACUUUGUGGGUUUGCGAGUGCUAGGCCACACCCUGCGUGCCAGCACCAAUGAGUUCCUGCUGCUCAUCAUCUUCCUGGCGCUGGGCGUGCUUAUUUUCGCCACCAUGAUCUACUACGCUGAGCGCAUCGGCGCCAGGCCCUCUGACCCGCGGGGCAACGACCACACCGACUUCAAGAACAUCCCCAUUGGCUUCUGGUGGGCCGUGGUCACCAUGACGACGCUGGGCUACGGGGACAUGUACCCCAAGACGUGGUCGGGCAUGCUGGUGGGGGCGCUGUGUGCACUGGCUGGCGUGCUCACUAUUGCCAUGCCCGUGCCCGUCAUUGUCAACAACUUCGGCAUGUACUACUCCCUGGCCAUGGCCAAGCAGAAGCUGCCCAAGAAACGAAAGAAGCAUGUGCCACGGCCGCCCCAGCUCGAGUCGCCCAUUUACUGCAAGUCCGAGGAGUCCUCGCCCCGGGACAGCACCUACAGUGACACCAGCCCCCCUGCCCUGGAGGAGGGAAUGGUCGAGAGGAAACGGGCAGACUCCAAGCAGAAUGGCGAUGCCAGUGCGGUGCUGUCAGACGAGGAGGGAGCUGGCCUCACCCAGCCCCUGGCCUCCGCCCCCUCCCCUGAGGAGCGCCGGGCCCUGCGACGCUCUGGCACUCGAGACAGAAACAAGAAGGCAGCUGCUUGCUUCCUGCUCAGCGCUGGGGACUAUGCCUGUGCCGAUGGUAGUGUCCGGAAAGAGACCUGCCAAGACGCCCUCUCGUCCAACUAUGCCCAGGCUGAAGUCCUCACCCUCUCUUAAAGCGGCACCAGCGUGAGAGAGACAGGCAGAGAGACAGAAAGCCAGAGGCUUAGGGAACUCUGGAACCCAGGCAAGAAUCUUUCGCUGGGAAAGACUCAGAUAUCCGUGAUUGCACAGGACUGAUGGAAAACUUCCCAUGUGACCCUCCGGGCCCGGAGCCAUCCGGGUCUGACGUUCUGUUCUGUUGUACAUUGAAGAGAUAUAUAUGCACAUAUAGUAUCUAUAUUCAUACAUACUGUACUCUUGUGUGUAGUGCACGUGCUGUUGGUGGUCUGUCUUCUUUGUUAGGCUAUGUCUCCCCAAGCCCUUGCCCCCCCGCCCUGAGACCCCCAGUCCCUUCCCCUUUACUGAUUCCUUGUUUCUGCUGAACGUGUGUGUGGAAUGUCCCAGGAAAAGUGUACCUGGGAACUGCCAGUCCAGCUGGGUGGUCCCAGGCUAGACUGUCCCUUUUGGGGGCGUUUCUCCAGUGGGCCAGUGGCCUGUGGAAGGCCAGAUUGUCCCCCAGGGUCACUGUUCCACUAGCCCCAUCCCACCCCAGAUUGGGGUUCUACCUCCCACCCACGCCCCGGUUGUGGGGGGGCCUUCCGGGGGCUCCCCUGCAGCUUCUUCCGCUCCUUCCUCCCCCUUAGCUGUGUCCUUGACUGAGGGGGCGUUUCGUCCUUUUUUGUUUUUUGGCUUUUUGUUCUGUCUCCUUCGUCCGUUUGUUUUCAAAGAUGCUGCUGGGCAGACGGGCAGGGAAGGGGUCUGUCUGCCCAUCUGGCUCAGGGGCCUGAGGAAGGCUCGGGCGAGUGGAGACCAGUUGCAAUACUGUACUUCCUGGCCGGUGGCCAGAGGAUGCGUGCAAUAGCAGAGGCCAGGGGACCCCUUCGACCUUGGCCUCUGCCCCUCCCUCGGCCUCCCUCCCCAUCCCCGAGCCCACCCUGUCCGUCCCUGGUGUUGUUCAGUCGUUUUCUAAAGCUGUCCCCUCGUGUGUGUCUGAGGCAUGCCCGGGCUGGCCCUGCCACCCUGUCCGCAUGCCUUGAUUGUCGUGCUGUGCUCGAGCCCCAAUAAAGACAUCUGGAGCGUCUGCUGCUCCUGCUGUGUGAGUGACUGCCUCUGCCUCUCCUUUCUGGCUCUGUGUCUGUGGGGACCUCCUCGGGCUUCCACCCCAACUCCUGAGAAAUACAACACACUCCUGCCAUAACCCCACCCCCUCCAGGAAUCAUCUGUGCAGCCCAACCCCCGCACUUAGAGCUUGACCCUGGUGCUCAGGGAGGGACAGUGAUCUGCCCAAGGUCACACAGAGGACUAGCCCGGGACCCCUGACUCCCUGGCAGUGUUCUGGUCUCCACUGCUGCCACCUGACCCCAACUGUGACAUGGAAGAAAAGACUGUUGUUUGUUUAAGGAAUUCCACUGUAUUCCUGCUUGUUUGUGCAGGGGGCCACCCCUCCUCCCUGAAAUUGCCCCGGUUCUAUGUGGGCCAAGGCCCUGGGGAUGCCAGAGUCAUUGCGAUGACUGGAUGGCUGACAAACUGAGGCCGACAAGGGACUGGUAGCACGACUGGGACCACUUAGGGGUGGGGAAUGAACGCCUGCUGGGCCCAGAUAGGAUGGGGUAGUGGUUAAGUGCUGGUCACAUGUGGUCCCUCUCACACCCACCUGGGGGAACACGCAGGGCUGGCUUCACAGGCAUGCAACUGUGCAGUUGCUCAAAGGACCCCAUGCUUGACUUAAUGCUCAGCUGUUGCCGUCUUGAAAUUACUAAUAAUUAUUGAAGAAGGGUUCCUGCGUUUUCACCUUGCUCUAGCUUUGUGAAUUAUGUAGCCAGGUCUUGGUGCGUAUAUGCUCUCUGUACUCUUGUCUUAUUUCUCACGCCUUCCUCUUUCUCCAGGCAUGGUAGAGUCACAGUGGCCUCAGUUCAGAGUCUUAAUCUGCCACUCACUAGCUGGGUAACUUGGAGGAACUCACUGAACCUCAGUUUCCCUGUCUGCAGAAUGGGGAUAAUGAUAGCCCCCAUUUCAGAGACAGUGAGUGUAAAGACCUCGCCCAGUGCCGUAUGUCUACAUAUGACAUACAGUAGGUGCACACUGUGUUAGUUCCCUCUUCACCCUGUUCCUGUAGCUCUCAGGCCUUUCUCCACAGAUCUCUGAUAUCUCUUGUCUGUCACACCAAGAAAGGACAGAGUACAGCAGGGAGCAGGGGUGAG